CACUGCUUACUUGCCAGAGGAGAACUGAAGAUCAGUUUAGGAGAAAAGUAGAAGAAAUUAUGAAAGUCAUUGAAGAAAAGGCAGAGAACUCUGAGUACACCACACGUGUGGAGGCAGCCUCUGGCAUCAGAGCGCAUUCUGCACAGACCUUGUGAGCGAGGAUCAGAACAGUAUGUCAUCUGGAUCACUCAGCUUCGUCGCCCUGUGGCUAUGCUUAAUGAUGCAGACACUCGACGAUUUCUAGAGACAUCCCGAUGUGUGCUAGAGUUCUACAAUACAUCCCUGUUAAUGAAUGAAGACUGUGACACCCAAGAUGCAAUGGAAUACCUGACUGCAAAGUUUAGAACACUGAGUGAAAGCACUGGGAACUCUGUGACUGAUGUGGACCUCUUCCUCUCCGAGCUUUUUGAGAGCAUGACCAAGAACCAGCAAGUAGAUGUUAUGCAGUAUUUCCGUAAUGGCGAUCACAAAAUCAUGGUGGCCACUUCAGUAGCUGAAGAGGGAUUGGAUAUUAGGCAGUGCAAUCUGGUUAUUCGCUACAACUAUGUCACCAAUGAAAUUGCAAUGGUCCAGGCCAGAGGCAGAGCAAGAGCAGAGAACAGUAAAUUUGUCACUGUGGCCAGUUGUAACCAAGGUGUUGCAGAAAAAGAUGAGAUAAACAUAAUACGGGAGAUGAUGAUGCAUGAUGCAAUCAGACAGCUACAAAAAGAAAUGAAGACAAGACAUACAGAUUAUCAUCAAACAAUGAGUAAAAUCCAAGCUGAGGAAAAAGAGAAGCGUGACAUAGAGUUGGCAAUGAUGAAUGGCAGAACUCUCAAAGAAGGAGAAGUGGUGCUGCGUUGCCGCAAAUGCGAUGAAUUUGCCUGCAUGUCCUCAGACAUCCGUACUGUUGAAAAGGCUCACCAUGUUGUUAUUGACCCUGAAUUUAGUGACCGCAGCUUGGAGAAAGCUUACUCCAGUCUUAUCAAGAUCAGUGGAGACGAUAUGUUUAAACAAGGAAAACUGCACUGCAAGAAGUGUGGACUUGACUGGGGCAUCGUAGCUCGACACAGCAGUACCACAUUCCCAGUUAUCAAGGUUGAAAGUUUUAUUGUUAUUGAUGAUGUAGGCAGAAGAGAUGCCCCCAAGAAAUGGAAGUUUACCAAUUUUCGUGUGGAACAACUUUCUCAAGAAGAACUUUUGCAGUACAGGAGACGGGCUUUGGCAUCAGGCCGUGAUGCUUAGUAGAUUCUUUUCAACUCUUCACACACUCAUCAUCUUUAUCAUGGAGAGUCAGGAGGAAUGUGCCACGAUGAAACUUAACAAUCAUUUAAGCUGUUCCUUGACUUUGUUGCUAGUUUUUUUGUAUCAUUUGAAUAAAAAGAGUAGUUAUUUUGGACAGCUAGUUUUACAAGGCAGUAGUAUGAUGGGGAAAAGUGGUUUUGAUUUUAGAAUAUAUUAUGCUGAUUAGUGUUUUCUUGUGACAACAGACAAUGAAAGUUGAAAGAGAUAUUGAUAUAACUGCUCAAAAUUUUGUAUAGAAUCAUACCUCAAUAAAUACCUCGCUUGAGAUGUUUGUACUUUAAUAACUUACUGAACAAAAACUGUUUAAAUUAUUUAUGAAGUUUCGAGGAAAAACAUACUGUAAACAAAUAUAGAACAGGCUUGAUAUUUUAUGUGGUAGGAUGGCUAUGUUUUUAAAUGUCUGGUUCCAUUUAGGUUUCUCAUAAUGCUUCUAGAGUUUAUUAUUAAUUUUAUGCCCUUCAGUUUUUGUGGCUAUGGUCAUUAUGGGAUUUUUAUGACCGUUUUAGUUUUAUGUCAAAGAUUUUCUUAUCUGUGAUUUUACUCAUUUAAGAGUUUAAAUCCUUCCUGCAAGUGCAUAGGCUUUGCAGCCUAACAUUGCUUUGUAACUGGCAUAAUCGAUCCAAUGGAGCUUUUUUGUGUAAUGUGCUCAUGCUAAUCAUGCAAACAUUAUCACAGAUGAUAGGUUAUUUUUCAUUGAGAAUUAAUUUAUUUUUGCAUAUAUUUGUGUGUAUAUUACUGACACAUUUCUGUGCCACCAUAUUUACAGCAUGAGAAUAUUGUCAUAUUUACAGCAUGUGAAUAUUUUUCACAUUGUGUACAUAUCCCUUGCAUUUGUUUGUUACUAACCUGUAUAAUUUUUGUUCAUUUCUGUAUUGUGUACAUCUCUUGAAUUUGUCACCAGUAUUUAUGUGCUUUGCCCCCUGUGCAUGUAUUGCAGGGGAUAUACAUGUCAUUCUUACAGCUGUGUUUCCAAUGUCUAUAAUUUUCUUUGUCUCAUGUGCAUAUAUUGCACAGUGUUUACAGAUCUUUAUCAAUUGUGUGUUACCAGCCUGUAUCAUUUACUGCGUCACAUAAAGAUAUUGCAUAGUGCGUACAUUCAUAUUUCUUAUAUUUAUGAUUUAGAAUUCUUCUAAGUAUAAUUUUAUUCUUGCACCUUAAAUUGAGACAUUUCAAUUAUGUAAGACUUCACAGCCAUGAGACUGUUGCCUGCAGACAUUUAAAUGGAACACACUUAUAUAAAACAUGUAGUUGCGGCCCUAUUCUCCACUUUGGGCGUAAAAGAAUAAGAAGAAUAUAAAACAUUACUGGCUUAUAUGUGGCAUACAGUAAAUUCCAACCAUUUUCAGGACACUUAUUUCAGAAUUGUACUCUAGAAAAGACCUACAAAACUAUUUUUUAAAUCAGUAAAGCAAAUGCAAAAACAUAGGUACUUUAAAAGUUAAAAUUUCAUUACUUUUAUUUGAUUAUCACAGUGACAUUACUGUGGAUAACAGCUACCGCAAAAUGUGCCUCAUGCAAGUGUAGAUUAUAAGCAGAUCGAUACUUUGUAUUUCUAUAUUUGUACUGGAGCUAUGUAAAAGACAUAAAAAGAUAUUACCAUUAUUUAAAUAUCAUUUAACCAGUGAUAAUCACACAUAUGAAAAUUGUCUAUGUUCAAGCAUAUUAUAAUGGUAAGAAAGAUGUUUGUAAGCUUUGAACAUUAAAAUAAAUGUGAAAAUAA